CCGUGUGAGGGGAGGCAAGGUGGUGGUUACCACCGUGGAGACAGGAAGGGGCUGUUUAUCCGCCUGUGCCCGCUGGCUUUGUGGCCUGCCCGCCUCGUGUUCCUGUUUGAAACGAGCGUUCAGUGUCUGGGCUAACAGUGGCAUAGCCUGGGUUAGGGAGUUAUGCAGGGGCUUUAAGUGUUUUGAGGCAGAUGUGGUGAUUAAGGAGGAUCUGGUAUUAUAGUAAUACCUGCUCUAGCUGUAAUACCUAUUAUAUCUGUAAUACAUGAUAUAACAGUGUGGUAGUCAGAAAGCUGAGUUGCUGUGAGGUGAGGGUAGUGGAGUUGGCCACAGGGAUUCUCUGAGGUCAGGGCAGAGAAGGUGAGCAGCACGUCUUCCUGUCCAGAAAUAAACAAAGUGUUGGAUUUGGGUGCCCUCAUUUCAACAUCCUUUUGUCAGCACGCAACAAACCUCUUUUAAGAUAACUUUUGUGUGUUGUGAAAAACACUGAUACGAAAGGCUCGAUAUUCAGUCCCUCUUCCCUACUGAAGCCUUCGGUUAUAAGAUGCAAAUAUGUGUUUUCUUUUAUAAGUAACGUUAAUUUUAUUCUUGCCUUUGGUGUCGGAUAAAGCCUGGAUCUGAAACAGCAUGUACCAGAUUUGCAGCUGUUAGGCUGAAAAGAUCUAGAUGAAGAUUGAAAAGCAUCCUUGUUCUAGGAAUUCUGCGCACCAAACACAGGAAAGGAAAGAACGAACACAGGAAUCAUCACUUCUGCGUACAGACUGUCUGAAUUAAUCUUUAGCUUUAAGCCUCUAGGAAGAAUAGGCUGUACCAAUAGUUUAUCAUAAAUGUAUCCUAAUUCAGGCUUCAGAUUAAAGUAGGUUAAUCCAACAAGCCGCUAAAAUCAAAAAGCACAAUGGAAAUGUGAUGAGUUAGGACUGUCACAUCAGCUCCAGUGUAACAUGGUGACAUCAAGAGAAGUCAGUGUAUACCAGUUCGUAAGUUCAUCAGUGUUACAAGACAGUUUGAACUUUGAGACUCUUGAUUCCUACAGCAACUGAAUUAAAACCCACCGAAAGUUUGGCUGGAAAGCGUCCAUGGAUGAACUAAACUGGUGCUUUCUUAAGACAAACCGGAAAUUAACUGUUUUGUAGUUCAGAGAAGAGCAUAACUGUGAGAAAAUAUGAAAUCCUACUUGAGGAUGAAAGCGGAAUUGAAGAAGACAGUUCUAAAGCCAGGUAGGCUGCUUGUUAUGAACACUUAUUUAUUAAUAAACACAACGUGCUUGCAGCAUUUGGCUGCUUUACAGAAUCCUCAAAAGCCCUGGAAACUGAUCAAAGUUUUGAUGUGCUGCUGGGUUUCUUUCCCUAUCCCCUACAUAAUCCAGAAAAUACCAAUGCUUUUAAAGAGAGGCUGCUUGGAAAACUUGCUGAGAACUGCAGGUCCUGCCUUCGCUCUGCCGUCAGGAGGGGAAUUUAAGGUGCCGGGGCCCGGUGGCUGCGUUGGGGACACGGUGGUGCUGCUGUCUGAGGUGCUGAAGCUGGAGGGCUGCGAGGGAUCCCCCCACACGGCGUGGGCAAAAGCAGGAGCAGGGGGUCUGUGUGGGAAUCCUGCAGUUCUUUUUGGUCUGUUUUGAUAAGGGAUCAAACCGGCGAUUAGUUGUGGCCGUUGGAUUACUGCGUUUAAACUGGACACUGCAACUAGUCUUUAUAGCAAUACAAAAGGAGGGUACGUUUGAAUUUCAUGAUAUUAUUGCUUAAUUGUAGUUCGCUGCAUGCUGGAAGCUCUGUGGACCACUUCAGGGCUUUUAAAGGUAAAUAUGGAGGCACAUAUGCAGGCUAUAUUAGAAAGCCCCAUGACAGUAUAUUUUGUGUAAGCCAUGUUUCGUGAAGGUUUUCUCUCUUCAGGCUGGGCUGCUGCAGAGAUGGCACUCUGCUCUGACUCAUUGGUCUCUACUGCUGUGCAUCCAAUAUGAAAUUUAAAAAGAGAACUAUCCUUGAAACUCAUUUCAAUUCCAAGACACACUGCGCCGGGAUUCGAUAACAUCCUCCACUCAGGACUGCACAGGAGAGGGCUGAAAACAAGCUCUUACCAAAGGGAAUGAACUGAUUGGUCUCUGCAAACUCCAAGCCAUGGAGAUAGUGCUGGGAAGUGUCAUCAUGACGUGGGGGGUUCCAAGCCAAUCACACCCAGUGUGAGGAGUCUUUGCAAAGCUGCUACUUCAAAUGACAGCGUUGGAUUGAGGAAAAAAAUGUAUUUUUAUCCUGGGAUAAAACAAUUCAGGUUAGGGGCAAAUGAGAACGAAACAGAGAGAAGAUGUUCUUGACAAGAAUGCUUAAGGAAUACUCACUCCUUGCACAUCCCGUGGUGAUGGAUCUAUCCAGGAGCGCUGUGGUUAGCAGCGUGUUAACAUGGCACAAAACAAUGCGGUUAUUGUGCAGAUCACUUUUUUAUCUGCUCUGUCACUUCCCAUCUCUAUUUCUUCUUUUUUGUUGUUGUUGAAGGGUCAGCUAGUUCAUAGGGCUUUUAAAUUCUUCAUUUCCCCUCUCUCUGGUUUUCCUUUUGCCUCUUCCCUAAACCAAAUCUUCAAGUGGAAAUUCCAUACAAUUGUACCUCGCCUGAGGACUAGUCAAUGGAAGACCGAAAAAUAUCUGUUGUCGUUUGGUUUUGCUUUAAAGGAAAACUCUCCCCCUCUAUAAUGACAGCAUUUUAAAAACAAAACAAAGAGACUUUUUAAAAAUACAACCUAUUGCACCAAACCCACAGCAACAAAGCAGAAACCGUUGCAGGCUGUGAAUUAUUCCGUUGCAGCUGGUACAGUUCUUCCCAGUUACCACAAGAGGGACAUAGAGGGAAAGCUAAUGCAGCGCUGGGCAAGGUUACCAGCAGAGCAGCUUGGCGCAGGUUCACGGCAACAUGCGUUUUCCUUUUGUUUAGGAAGACCUUCUGGGAUCAUAACAUUUCUAUAGCUUCCUUCAUCCCAUAGAAUCCUUAAAAAGCUUUCUAGGCAUUAUAAAAUGUGAUAAUAAGCAUUAAUGGCUGUAAUGGAGCUUUUCCCAGAACUUUGUAUCUUUCCUCAGCGUUUUCCUAUUUUAAUGUGUGUAGUAGUGCUGGGACAGGGAGAGGUUGGGCUGUAUUUUGGUUCCAUCUCUAAGACUGGACCAACAAACCUGGCAGCAUUCAGCAGGCAUGUGCAGGAGAGGGGUAUGGAGCUAGUUUUGUUUGUUUAGUUUUCACAAAUGAAUGGCUGAUGAUGCAGAUCUAAGAUCAGAGCUCAUCUAAAUGCCUCCAUGAAACAAAAGGACCAUGAAAUCCCCUCAAGUAAAUAUUGAAGGGUUUAUUGGGCUCUUGUGGAAUUAAAAAGCAAGAUCUCAAUAUGCACUAGAUUGGAAGUAAUGCAGCAUGUGUGUUUAAGGAUAGGCAGUUGAUUAAUCCCUAAUGUCAGUAAAGCUUUGCUUCCAGCCCUGGUGAGACAGAGGCAUUGCUACUUGGGCACGCUGCUAUUUGGGAUCCAAACAAUAAUACUGGGAGAAAGGGCUGUUGUGAGUAAGAUGGGAAAAAUGCCUUCUUUUGAAAUAGCUUUACGGACUUCAGUCUUACCACAUUUCUGUGCCGGGUAUUUGAACCACAUUCAAAGCUCUUGGCAAGUGCUAUCAGAUUGAAUGGUUGUUUUUAAAAGCCCAGUUUCAUGCACAGAAUGUUUUCACAAAGGAAAAGCAUAUCAGAAAGAAGUAAGAAUUUCUCCAAGGUGCAGAAGUGCGCGUGCAGCAGUGAAUGCAGCCCAGCUUUGACUUCAGGAGUGUGAGUAAUGCAGUAUAGAAAAUUCACAGCAAAGGUCUUUUGCUCAUUAUCAGGGGAAUCUCAGUGCUUUUAUCCUUCAAAUUGUGUAAUAUUUCUGUUUCAACUGCCUUCCUUGCAGGUUCAAUUGUGGCUAUAAAAAUAUUCCUGAAACAAGUCAUGGAUUGGGAACUUAAAACAGUGAAGGAAAAGGAGGAAAAGACCUGGACAUUUCUUCAGUGAUCCUGAAUGAAGAAGGUCUCCAGCUCUCAAGAAUUAUUCCGUCUGGCUUUUUUAUGGACAUCUCAGGUCCUUUUGAUGUGAAAUGCAGCAUUUGCCAGCGAGGCCUUCUCUUUUCAUUGCAGAUAUUAAAGGUUCACAAAACAUUGAGUGUAAGCACUUUCAUAGUGGCAGCUACGGGCAAGGUUAGUAAUAUGAACAGUUGCUUCUGUUAAUUGCCUUUAUUUCUUGCCUGAAGGAAAACCAGAUCUAGAAUUGAGAAGACCAAAUGGAUUAGGUGUUGCAGUUGUUUUGCUGUCAUGGAAGCCCUUCCAUUAGAAAGCCUUUAUUUCUGAUGUCUGGGGUGAGUGCAGGGCAGGAAGAGCUUGGGUGCCUGAACCAGACUGGUUUCAGGAUGGAGAAGCUUGCUUGAAGUGGAAAGAAUGUUUUCUUUGCAGAAUGUUGUGGAUUUGAGGAGGAACCAAGCCAGUACUGAGCAACAGGUCAUGAAUGGUUACAGAGCAGCUUUGUAAUGCCUUCCCAGAAGUCAGGAGUUCCUUGGAAAUGUACCCAGGCCACUGGUGGAGUUUCUUCAAAUGGCAUAUGAAAAGAUCUGGACAGUGUACUCCUGAGAGUGGAGGUUUCUGUUGAUUAUACCUACUUCCUAAACACUGUGAGCUUAAAAUACAGUGGAUUUGCCCCUACUUGCGUGAAAUGAGGUUUCCCACUAUCGAGCUGUUGUUAAGGAGUGUUUCAUGGAGUUCCUUUGCUAGUAGUUUCCCUGUCACUGUAUGGUUUCGUUGCCUGCUCCUCAGCUGCUAAGCCAGGGCAGAGGUGGAGUGAUUCUCCCACCCCAGCCUGGUGGUGCUGGUUACUGAGGCUUCCUCAGACUGGAUUAUUUAGGACCCACUGACCUCCCUUGGUAGCAGCAGCACCCUGAUGGCAACACCUCAGGACCUUCUCUGGGUCCGAUCUACCAGGCUUUCACCAGCACUCCCAAAUUAACUGCCCAGCGAGCCUUUGCUUUCGGCUUUCUGUGCACUGUGUAAGGAGGCAGAGUUCCCACUGGGGAAGGCAGCCAGUGUGACAGCCAGUAAAUAAAUGGAAGGGUGCUGGAAGAGCUAUGAAGAGAUGGAGAGAUAAGGAGUCCUUCCAGGCUGUUCCCUCUGGACUCAUGCAGACCAGCAAUUAUCAACUGGCGCCAUUGGAGAGUCACAUUGCAGAAGCUGCUACAGGUGCUGUGAUGAAAGCGGAGUCUGUGCGAAUUCCUGGCCCCUGAACAAGACCCAUGGCAGCACUAUGGACCCAUCGUGGAGGCUGGAAACUCUGAACUGGGGCUGGUUUUACUAAAAAGCUACAGUAUGAAGACAGAGCAAAAGUCUAAUGAGAAGCGAGUAAGUGGCGUUCCAGUCUCAGACAAGAUACUAACAGAUGAGACCACCACUCUGGCAGCAGGACUAUAGUUGUUGGAUAUUUUCUUCUCUUGUAAAAGUCCAGCUUUUCUUGCUGAUGCUCCUCAAGAGUUCCUACAACAUCGUGUGCUGUUCUCUCAGCCAGUGUGGGCAGGAUAUGGCGCUUCCAGGAAGAUUCUUGCAGUGGUGUACCAGGACUUUGAUUGUCUCAUCAUUCUACGUGCACAUUUAUUUCUCCAUACAAAGCAAACCUGAUGGCAGCUGGUUCUGAGGUGACCUCACAAGUGACCCUUGUCCACUCUUCAUUCCAUGUCCUAACAGGCUUCCUUGCUUGCCAUCUAGCAGGGUCCUGGAGUGAGCAGCCUGCAGAGGCUGUUGCCUCUCACCUCCUGACAGCAGCAUCCUCAGACAUGAGCUGGACAGGCAGCGACUAACAACGUUUCAGCCAGGAAUGACGUCCACCCCUCGUCCAGCAUCACAGAAUAAGAACUUCAGAGGAAGGAAUGCAACUUCAUAAAUAGCAAACCACAGACACUAAUGGGGAGCAGAGGCAAACCUGCAGGUUAAAAUUCCUUGCAAGAGAAGUCCAUAGAUCCACACUGCCUGGAGAUUCAGAGAUGACUUCAGCUCUAGCCUUCGUUUUCCUCCUCUGCCUCUCCUGCCCCUUUUCAUCAUGUCAGCAGAGAAGGGCUGGAGGUGAAGUUGGGCCAGAAAUGCUGGAAGAGAUGAGAGAAACUAACCGUGUGCUAAUGGAAGUUCGAGACUUGCUGAGACAGCAGAUUAAGGAGAUAACAUUCCUGAAGAAUACAGUCAUGGAGUGUGAUGCCUGUGGCAUGCACACCGAGGCCACAGGCCCUGUCAUCACCGUCACACAGUUUAACAGAUGCCUCCCAAACUCCUGCUUCCCUGGCGUGGCCUGCACCGAGACCGGCACCGGCUUCCGCUGCGGACCCUGUCCCCCGGGUUAUUCAGGCAAUGGCACCCACUGCACAGACAUCAAUGAGUGCAAUGCAAACCCCUGCUUCCCGAAGGUCCAGUGCAUUAACACCAGCCCUGGCUUCCGCUGUGAUCCCUGCCCUCCCGGCUUCACCGGCCAGAUGGUCGAAGGGGUUGGACUGGCCUAUGCCAGAGCCAACAAACAGGUUUGUACUGACAUCAAUGAAUGUGAGACAGGUGCUGCCAGAAACUGUGUCCCCAACUCCAUCUGCAUCAACACGCGGGGAUCCUACAAGUGCGGGGCUUGUAAACCUGGCUUUGUUGGGGAUCAAGUGAGUGGCUGCAGGAGCCAGUCAGUGAGACGCUGCCCUAACGGAGAGAUCAGCCCGUGCCACGAGAAAGCAGAAUGCAUCGUGGAGCGCGACGGGUCCCUCUCCUGCGCGUGCCUCGUGGGGUGGGCAGGGAAUGGCUAUGUGUGCGGGAAGGACACGGACAUUGAUGGAGUCCCUGAUGAGAAGCAACGCUGCUCAGACAAAAAGUGCCGCAAGGAUAACUGCAUGACUGUCCCCAACUCCGGCCAAGAGGAUGCAGACAGGGAUGGAAUUGGAGAUGCUUGUGAUGAUGAUGCUGAUGGAGAUGGGAUAUUAAAUGCUGAGGACAACUGCGUGUACACGCGCAACGCGGACCAGCGCAACGCGGACAAGGACAACUUCGGUGACGCCUGCGACAACUGCCGCCAAGUGAAGAACAACGAUCAGAAGGACAUUGAUGGUGAUGGGAAGGGAGAUGAGUGUGACGAUGACAUGGAUGGAGAUGGGAUCAAAAACCCAAUGGACAACUGUGAAAGAGUUCCUAACCCUGAUCAGAAAGAUGUCGAUGGUGAUGGAGUAGGAGAUGUCUGUGACAGCUGCCCCACAGUCAGUAACCCGGACCAGAAAGAUACCGACCAUGAUCUGGUGGGAGAUGUCUGCGACACCAACCAGGACAGCGAUGGGGAUGGCCACCAAGACACACGGGAUAACUGCCCAUCAGUGCCCAACAGCUCCCAGGUGGACACAGACAAUGAUGGGCUGGGAGAUGAAUGUGAUGAUGAUGAUGAUGAUGACGGGAUUCCAGAUGAGAAACCUCCAGGCCCUGACAACUGUCGGCUUGUCCCUAACCCUGGCCAAGAAGACUCGGAUGGUGAUGGUGUGGGAAACCUCUGCGAAGAUGACUUUGACAGAGACAUGGUGAUAGACAGGAUUGACGUGUGCCCAGAGAACGCAGAGGUGACACUAACAGACUUCAGGGCUUUCCAGACGGUUGUAUUGGACCCUGAGGGUGAUGCCCAGAUUGACCCCAACUGGAUUGUCCUCAACCAGGGCAUGGAAAUUGUCCAGACCAUGAACAGCGACCCCGGCCUGGCCGUAGGUUACACGGCGUUCAACGGAGUGGACUUUGAGGGCACAUUCCAUGUCAACACUGCCACAGAUGACGAUUAUGCUGGUUUCAUAUUUGGCUACCAGGACAGUUCCAGCUUUUAUGUGGUCAUGUGGAAGCAGAUGGAACAGACAUACUGGCAGGCAAACCCCUUCCGAGCAGUGGCAGAACCUGGAAUUCAACUGAAGGCAGUGAAGUCUAAAACAGGCCCAGGGGAGUAUCUCCGCAAUUCCCUCUGGCACACGGGAGACACCACAGACCAGGUCAAGCUGCUGUGGAAGGACCCUCGCAACUCCGGCUGGAAGGACAAGACCUCCUACCGCUGGUUCCUGCAACACCGGCCUCAGGUCGGGUACAUCAGAGCUCGUUUCUAUGAAGGACCUGAAGUAGUAGCAGACACAGGAGUUGUCCUUGACACAACCAUGCGAGGAGGCCGCCUGGGAGUCUUCUGCUUCUCCCAAGAGAACAUCAUUUGGUCAAACCUGCGUUACCGCUGCAACGACACCAUCCCAGAAGACUAUGAAACAUUCAGAGUUCAGCAAGACUAAGCCCUGCUGUAAAGAUGUGUCCAGCCAGCCUUGCUUUCAGACCCUGCUAAGCUGCCCCACUAUCGCUCCUGUAGCCCCUAUAAGGAACUGUAAGUAACGUACCACUGCGGCAUCAUCCAGCAUCUCUUCUACCACAGCAACUGUCUUUCUUACACGCUCCAAACCCGCUGGCACGGCCGUGGUGUAGACAGCGAGUGUGAACAGAAGCCUGAGCUGCUGUAAACAUGAGUUCUCUACACACCGUGGAAAAAGAUGUGCUGAGAAGCUGCUUGCUGUAGCUGGAAUUGAGUCAGUCUGGUGUGGAUGAUUCCUAGGAAUAUUUUCCCUACUCAAAGGCUCUCGAGUGUGAAUGUUUGUUUUCCUUUUCAAGCAGACCCAGCACUAGUCUGAAAAGGACACAGGGAGCAGCCCAUGUACAAGUUGCUCACAAAACAUUAAAAAAAGCACUUUAAGGAGAGUGUCUUUGUUCUGGAAUGUUGGAUAAUAAAUACUUGGAAUGUUGGAGAAUAA